AUGGGUGCAUGCUUUAGCGGCGAAGUCGCGGGGGACGCGGAACAGAAGAAGAAAAGCCAGUUGAUCGACCGGAAGCUCGAGGAAGACUCCAGGCGGUUACGCAGGGAAUGCAAGAUCCUUUUGCUUGGCUCUGGCGAGAGUGGAAAAUCCACCAUUGUCAAGCAGAUGAAAAUUAUUCACCAGAAUGGCUACACUGUGGAGGAGCUGGCUCUGUAUCGCUUGACCGUCUACAAGAAUCUCCUCGAUUGCGCCAAGGCUCUCAUCGAGGGAUACCGUCUCUUUAACCUCGAACCGUCUAGCCAAAAGGUUCAGGAUUACCUCACCUUCCUGGACGAAUAUCAUGUCGACGCAGAUCCCAAUAUGCCGUUGGAUUCUAAAGUGGGAGACGCCGUGGCUUACCUAUGGAAUGAUCCGUGCACGUCAACGGUUUUGGAACGCCAGAAUGAGUUUUAUCUCAUGGAUUCGGCGCCAUACUUUUUCGACGAAGCGAAGCGGAUAACAUCACCGGACUACAUCCCCGACGUAUCAGAUGUCCUUCGAGCAAGAACCAAGACCACAGGUAUCUACGAGACAAGAUUUACCAUGGGUCAAUUAAGCAUACACAUGUUCGAUGUGGGUGGCCAGCGCAGCGAACGCAAGAAGUGGAUUCACUGCUUCGAGAAUGUCACAUCUAUCAUUUUCUGUGUCGCUUUGAGUGAAUACGAUCAGAUGUUGCUAGAAGAAAGCAAUCAAAAUCGCAUGAUGGAGAGCUUAGUUCUCUUCGACUCUGUGGUCAACUCUCGAUGGUUCAUGCGAACAAGUAUCAUUUUGUUCCUGAACAAAGUCGAUCUAUUCCGGCAAAAACUUCCCCGGUCUCCCCUGAGUAAUUAUUUCCCUGACUAUUCUGGUGGAAAUGAUGUGAAUCGUGCGGCGAAGUAUCUUCUUUGGCGAUUCAACCAAGUGAAUCGAGCACACCUCAACCUAUAUCCACACCUUACCCAAGCAACCGACACCACCAAUAUCCGACUGGUUUUCGCGGCUGUCAAGGAAACAAUUCUACAGAAUGCCCUGAAGGAUUCAGGUAUUCUAUAA